GGGCCCCGGCGAGCGAGAGCUAUGAUUGGCGGCCGAGGUCACGACCCGGAAGCGGAUCGGCCAUGUUGCCGGGUGCCCCCGGGAGCGGCGCCGGGCGGGAGGCGGCGGGGCCCGCCCGAGGGACGCGGCUGCCGUGAGGGGCCCGGAGCAUCUCCCUUCCCCCGCGGGCUCGCCCGGUCGCCCUUCUGCACACCGACCCCCAUGGCCGCCUGGUCCCGGGAGGCCGUCCUGAGCCUCUACCGGGCUUUGCUGCGCCAGGGCCGGGGGCUGCGCUACACCGACCGGGAUUUCUACCUCGCUUUCGUCCGCCGGGAGUUCCGCAAGAACCAGGGGCUGCAGCAGCUGGAGGACAAAGAAAGGCAGCUGGAAAAGGGACAAGCUUUCCUGCAGAGUAAACUCGGGGGCCUAGUUUAGAGAGACCCUAUAAAGCCUAUUGACCCCACUUGUUUCCCUCUCUUUUCCAAAAUCCAUUCAUCUACCUAGAGAGAUGAUUAACACGUCCUGUCCACCGCUGUCUUGAAGAAAAACAGAAGGUGCUUCUACAGGCACACCAGGAGGGCUCUCCUGUUCUCUUUACAAAUGCGUUAGGUCACAGGU